AUGAAGAGCUUUGUGAUUGUUCUGUCUUGCGUUGUGGCAUGCUGUUUGGCCGCUCCUCAGGGUCCACGGGAUCCCAAUGAAGUGCAGUUGGUGCGAUAUGUGAACAAUCAAGAUCAGGAUCAGGAUGGAGGAUACCAAUUCACGUAUGAAUUGAGUGACGGACAGAUCCGCUCUGAGACUGGUGCGCUCAAGGAUGUGGGAGAGGAGCGUGUUAUUGUGGUGCAGGGAGCCUACACCUUUGUCGGUCCUGAUGGACUCAUCUACUGGGUGAACUACACCGCCGAUGAGAAUGGUUAG